CUUUUUCGUUUCCCUCGCACAGUUGGAGCUUAGAACCUGCGGUGACUACUAUUGAACUCAGCACCACUAUAGAAUGGAGCAAAGAGAAAAGGGCACUGUAACAUCUCUUGCGUCUUUAGUCUCGGUAGAAGAAGCCCAAAAGGCAGCAAAGAGAGUAGAGGGUUCCAUUGCUGAACACCAGAAGGAGUUAGACAAUAUUCGUCAUUUCAUUUCUGACAACAACAAUCUAAUCAAUCUCGUUCAUAAGCUUCCUGAUGAACUCCAUCAUGAUAUCAUGGUUCCAUUUGGAAAAGCAGCGUUCUUCCCUGGUCGUUUAGUUCACACUAAUGAGUUCACCGUACUAUUAGGGGAAGGAUAUUAUGUGCAACGAACAUCGAAACAAACAGUGGGUAUUUUACAAAGAAGGGGAGAAGUUUUGGAUUCCCAAGUUGAGUCCCUCAAGGCAAUGAUGUUGGACCUUAAAGCUGAAGCUUCUUUUUUUGGUUCUACUGCUGCUGAAGCUGCUGAAGGUGUUUUUGAGAUUAGGGAAGAAUAUGUCGAAGAGCACCCUACGGAAAGGAUGUCAAAUAAGGCAGAUUUGGAAAAGCCAGAUACAUCCAGUUCUUCUGAAGUGCAUAAUGUGGAAGUUUCUGGUGAAGACGAGGAAUAUGCUCGUAUUAUGUCCAGGUUAAAUGAACUUGAGAAAGAAGAACUUGAAGCUGAACAUGUUAAUGAGGAUACCGACUUUGGGUGCUCGAUAAAUGAGCAUUCUUUCGAGCAGCUCAAAAUCUCUCAAGGACAUCAACAUGAGAAGAGUUCUUUGAAGCAAAAUAGUAGAAGUUCAAGUCAAUCCAAGCAAAAUUCUGCUGACCGGUCAACUGUUGAGAAUUUGACUGUGCAGCAACCUCCUGAAGUUAAUUAUUUGCAUCGAGAAAGUUUACAAAGAAAGGGCACUUCCAACCCUACAAAGCCAUUGCAACCUGAAAAGGAGAAAGCUCAAGUAGUGAAUACUUCAAAAACUGAGAUUUCUGACGAUAAAGCCUCAAAAGAUAAUCCUGAAACAGGGUUUGAUAGUACCAAGGCGUUUACUGGGUCGGUUGUCGAACAUACUCAUGGUCUCCUUGCUAAUGCAGCCAGCGAAACCACUUCCUCACAGUCGACUGGUUUAAGAACAUCAAAGCCAGUUUCCAGAUUCAAGAUGCAGAAAGGUAGUCGGUGAUACUUAUAAAGUCCCCGUGCUCAAUAGGAAAAUAAGUGCCAGAGGAAGAAGGUGAGUGAACGGCAACAGUGAUAGCAUAGAGGUUUAGGGUAUGGACAUGUUUUAUCCGUUAGGGAUGGUAUAAAAAAAAUAUACGUUUUUUUGAAAUUCUGCUCGGUCUUGUACCACAAUAGGAACAACUGAUCUUGACAUAUACAGAAACAAUAGUUGCAGCAGUUAUGCAUGUUGGUACCAAGUUCUAGUUAAUUUCGAACUUGCUUUUGUAAUACUAAUACCCAAUUGGUGCCAAAGGUUAUUUUAAUUUUUAGUGUUUUGACCAUAGA